GCCCCAUCGCACAUCUCUCUCUUUCUCAACAACACUCCAUCACACACACAAUGCCAGUCUCCACACAGUCCCCCGACCGCAACCGCCCCCUUGACGACGACAAGGUCACGGGUUACGACCCGCUGAUCCCCCCCGCGCUCCUGCGCCACGAGAUCCCCGUCCCCGCAACGGCGGCCAAGACCAUCUCGGCCGCGCGCCGCACCGCGUCGUCGAUUGUGCGCGGAACCGACCCCCUCGACCGCCUGCUCGUCAUUGUCGGCCCCUGCUCCAUCCACGACGUCGACCAGGCAAAGGAGUACGCCACCCGCUUGAGGAAGGGCGUGCAGGACGGCCUCUGGCCCGGUCUUGAGGUCGUCAUGCGUGUCUACUUCGAGAAGCCCCGCACCACCGUCGGCUGGAAGGGCCUCAUCAACGACCCCGACAUCGACAACACCUUCCAGAUCAACAAGGGUCUCAAGGUCGCCCGUCAGCUCCUCUGCGACAUCAACGCCAUGGGCCUCCCCGUCGGCUGCGAGCUGCUCGACACCAUCUCCCCCCAGUUCAUCGCCGACCUCAUCACCUGGGGUGCCAUCGGUGCCCGUACCACCGAGUCGCAGCUCCACCGUGAGCUUGCCUCUGGUGUCUCGUUCCCCGUCGGCUUCAAGAACGGCACCGACGGUGGCCUCACCGUCGCCCUCGACGCCAUGGAGUCGGCCGCCCACCCCCACAACUUCAUGGGCAUCAACUCGCAGGGCAUGGCCUCGAUCGUCAAGACGUCCGGCAACCGCGACUGCCACGUUAUCCUCCGCGGCGGCAAGGACGGACCCAACUACAAGGAGCAGUACGUCCAGGCCGCCGUCCAGGCCAUGAAGAAGAAGAACCCCGACAGCCACCCCACUGUCAUGGUCGACUUCUCGCACGGCAACUCGUCAAAGAACCACCGCAACCAGCCUUUGGUCGGCGACGACGUUGCUGCCCAGAUUGCCGCUGGCGAGCUUUCCAUCACUGGUGUCAUGUUCGAGUCCAACCUCAAGGAGGGCAACCAGAAGUCGGACAAGGGACGGGAGAACCUCGAGUACGGUGUCUCGAUCACCGAUGCCUGCGUUGACUGGGACACCACUGUCACAAUGCUCGAAGUGCUCAACAAGGCCUCGCUCGCCAGGAGAGAGGUCCUCCAGAAGCGCGCUUCGCGCCAGGGCUCGCCUGUGCCCGCCGUUCAGCGCCUCAAGGAGGAGGCUGCUUAAGCGGUCCAUACGGUCCUCAAAAGGCCGCGAGGCCAUGGCGAUGAUUUUAUCUUGUAGCGUGUGCUAGAGAUGCAGCUGUCAGACGUGCG